AAAACAAAGGUCAAAGGUAACAAAAAUGGCCACCAAGGAAGUUGUGCGAGUUGUCGAAGGAGAGGCGUCAGAAUCGGAAUCUGAGGAGGAAAUCAACACCUCGCACCACCAGCUAGUGGGUCUAGUGGUUGCAGGUGAAGCGUCGGAAACUGACAGUGAGGACGAAGAUAGUGUAAAGACGGGGUCAGGACUUCCGCCUUUGAAAGUUAAGCAUGGUUCACCCGGUGAUUCAUUUUCAUUUGGUAGCAGUAGUGGGAGUGAAAUAACUGUAGAUGAUUCAAAACCAAGAAGAAAAGAAAUCUCAAAAUAUGACACCCUGCUGCAUAGAAGACUAAGAGAGAGAAAUGCUGCAUUACGCAAUCAUCUUGAGUCAGCGGUGAAUCAUACAUACCAGUCUGGUACUAGAGACAUCAAUAAUACAACACAGCAACUAGCAAAGUCACAGAUGUAUAUUCAGGACGUAUCACAUAAUCUCCGUGUACUCUCAUCCGAUCUCCAAUCACUGAAAAACAAAGUAGAUAUUGUUAUGAACUGUAAUAUUUUACCGACCCUCCAUGUUCCUGACAACGUAAUGCAGAAUCACAGACUGAAACAACAAUCAUAUGAACACGUCGAUGAUGCGACAACUAGAGCAUAUACAAUGGCAAUGUGAAUCAUCGUCAUGGAAAUACCUGGCAUUGUGAUUAUCCACCGACA